AUGACUAAACUACGAAUUGCUGUACAAGGAUGUUGUCACGGUCAACUGAAUCAAAUUUAUAAAGAGGUUGCACGAAUUCACGCCAAGACACCCAUUGAUUUAUUAAUUAUUCUUGGAGAUUUCCAAAGUAUUCGUGAUACGCAGGAUUUCAAAUCAAUAGCCAUACCACCAAAAUACCAAAGGCUUGGUGAUUUUAUAUCAUAUUACAACAAUGAAAUCGAAGCCCCCGUCCCUACUAUUUUUAUUGGCGGCAACCAUGAGUCGAUGAGACAUUUGAUGCUUUUGCCACAUGGUGGCUAUGCAGCAAAGAAUAUUUACUACAUGGGAUACUCUAAUGUCAUAUGGUUUAAAGGUAUAAGAAUAGGGUCAUUAAGUGGGAUAUGGAAGCAAUGGGAUUUCAAUAAGCAGCGACCAAAUUGGAAUGAUCUAGAAAACAACAGUUGGAGAGCUAAUAUAAGAAAUCUGUAUCAUGUGAGACUUUCCGAUGUUGCUCCCCUUUUUAUGAUCAAUAAUCGCAUGGAUAUCAUGUUGAGCCAUGAUUGGCCAAACGGAGUUGUGUAUCAUGGUGACGUUAAACACUUGUUGAAGUUUAAACCUUUUUUUGAACCAGACAUUAAAAAGGGCGACCUAGGAAGUCCAGUGACUUGGCAAUUAUUAAGAAAUUUGCGUCCUCAGUGGUGGCUAAGCGCACACUUACAUGUCAGAUUUCCAGCUUCCAUCAAACAUAAUAAAAGGAGCUCUCAAAUACUAAACAGUUCAACGUCAAAGAUGAAAAAAAAUACCAAUGAAAUUGAUUUGGACUUGUCCAGUGACGACGAUGAAAGACCAGUUAUGAUGAAUGGCCUGGAAGAAAGUAAGCGUGAUUUCAGAUACGACGAGACACGAUUCUUGGCGUUGGACAAGUGCUUGCCAAGGAGACGUUGGUUAGAAAUUUUGGAAGUAGAACCGGAUAAGUCGCAUAUUUCGUGGAAGAAUGAGGAUCACUGCAUGUUUUGGGACCCUGAGUUUAUCAAUAAUUUGAAAGUUUGGCAAAAGAAUGAGAAUUUAUUAUAUAGUAAACCAUUUGAUAGCAUCGAUUGGAUGGAACUAUCUCAAUCUAAUCGGGAUAAAGCAAAGGAAGUUGAUUGGGAGAAUUAUGCCAUACCUGAAUACACUUUAGAUAUCCAGAAAGACGAGAUAGGCCAAACUACGAAAUUCAUUUCUAAAUUCCUUGUUUAA